CCCUAUUUGGUGCGCAGUGCAAAAAUGGUUUGGCCCCCUUCUUUCGGUACUUUGGUGCAGCCUCCACAGCCUGCCAGAGGAGAGCAGAGCAGAGCAGUCGAGCUCCCGGACGGUCCGUGGAGGAAGAUGGCGGUGGGGAUGCUGUCUGGAAGCGGAGUCGAGUUCUGGAUUUGCACUUAAAAAACCAAAAGCCGAUGGAUAUAAAGGACAACCAUGGACGCUUUCCUGACGUUUCUUUUUGACGCGAGGACGCUUUAGGGGCGAUUUGAGUCACAGCCCGUCGCCUUUUGCCUCGGUACAAAUCCGGACUUGUCCGGAGACUUUCGCCCGCUGAGAGCAAACAGGCGAAAAGUGGACAAAAAUGUCGGAUACGAAGGUAAAAGUAGCAGUGAGAGUUCGGCCCAUGAACCGCAGGGAAAUUGAGCUGAAUACAAAAUGCGUGGUGGAUAUGGAGGACAACCAGACGGUUCUGCACGCGCCACCCUCCAAUGCAAAAGGAGAGAACAGCAGGAAGCAGUCGAAGGUGUUCGCCUUUGACCACUGUUUCUGGUCCAUGGAUGAGUCCAAUGUUCCCAAAUAUGCCGGUCAAGAGGUGGUGUUCAAGUGCCUUGGAGAGGGAAUACUUGAAAAUGCAUUCCAGGGAUAUAAUGCCUGCAUAUUUGCCUACGGACAAACAGGUUCUGGCAAGUCGUUUUCCAUGAUGGGCAACGGGGAACAGCCGGGUUUGAUCCCUCGACUUUGCUGCUCGCUGUUUGAGAGGGUCCACCACGAGACGAACGAGGGCCAUACUUUUAAAGUGGAAGUGUCUUACAUGGAAAUCUACAACGAGAAGGUCCGCGACCUACUGGAUCCCAAAGGGAGCCGACAGUCUCUGAAGGUCCGUGAACACAAAGUCCUGGGUCCGUACGUGGAUGGUCUGUCUCAGCUAGCCGUGACCAACUUUGAGGACAUUGAGGUGCUCAUGUCGGAGGGGAACAAAUCGCGCACAGUGGCGGCCACCAACAUGAAUGAAGAGAGCAGCCGAUCUCAUGCCGUCUUCAGUAUUAUUGUCACACAAACACUCUACGAUCUACAAUCAGGGAAUUCCGGGGAGAAGGUGAGCAAGAUGAGUCUGGUUGACCUGGCAGGAAGUGAACGAGUGUCCAAGACGGGAGCUGCUGGGGAGCGACUAAAAGAAGGAAGCAACAUCAACAAGUCCCUUACCACGUUAGGUUGUGUGAUUUCUGCGCUGGCCGAUCAGUCUGCAGGAAAGGGGAAAGCCAAAUUUGUCCCUUACAGGGAUUCAGUCCUCACCUGGCUGCUCAAGGACAACCUCGGUGGAAACAGCAAGACGGCUAUGAUAGCCACCGUGAGUCCUGCGGCAGACAACUACGAAGAAACUCUUUCCACUCUGCGUUACGCCGAUCGAGCCAAGAGGAUCGUCAACCACGCCGUUGUGAACGAAGACCCCAAUGCUCGCAUCAUCCGAGAGCUUCGAGAGGAGGUGGAGAAGCUUAAAGUUCAGCUGUCUCAGGCUGAGUCUUUGAAGGCUCCUGAACUGAAGGAAAAGCUGCAUGAAUCAGAGAAACUCAUCAUGGAGAUGACAGUCACUUGGGAGGAGAAGCUGAGGAAGACUGAGGAGAUCGCCACGGAGCGCCAAAAGCAACUGGAGAGCAUGGGCAUCUCUCUGGAAACAUCCGGGAUUAAAGUGGGUGAAGACAAAUGUUUCCUGGUCAAUCUGAACGCGGAUCCUGCCUUAAAUGAGCUGCUCGUUUACUAUCUUAAGGAGCGCACGCAUGUCGGUGCUGACACUUCUCAGGACAUCCAGCUGUUUGGAAUCGGUAUCCAACCGCUGCACUGUGUACUGGAACUUUGCCCGGAUGGUGAUGUCACCUUGAUGCCCGUAGGGAACGCCCGGACCUGUGUGAAUGGAACAAUGAUCGAUUCUUUGGUUCAUCUCUGGCACGGAGACCGGAUCUUAUGGGGCAACAACCACUUUUUUAGGAUCAAUUUACCAAAACGAAAGCGGCGGGACCGUUUGAAGGAGCUGGAGCGGGCUUCUCCUAGGGACAGCUUUGUGGAGGUGGAUGUGGAGACCGCCAGUGAGGCAUCUUCUGAGCAGGACUACAGCUAUGAGUUUGCCCAAAUGGAGGUCAUCAUGAAGACUCUGGGAAACAACGACCCCAUGCAAAAUGUGGUCCAAGUUCUGGAAAAACAGUACCUGGAAGAGAAGCGCACGGCUCUGGAGGAACAGAGGAUGAUGUACGAGCGGGAGCUGGAAUCUCUGCGGCAACAACUUUCUCCCGAAAAAACGCAACAGCACCAACGCAGCAACAGUGACCGCCUCACGUUCCAGACGCACACACCGCACGGCAAGCUGCAACUGUGGACAGAAGAACGGGAUGAACUUUUCCGACAGAGUCUUUCUCGGCUCAGGGAACAGGUUCUAAAAGCCAACACCCUGGUGCGAGAGGCCAACUUUUUGGCAGAGGAGAUGAGCAAACUGACCGACUAUCAGGUCACACUGCAGAUUCCUGCAGCCAACCUGAGCGCAAACCGCAAGCGUGGAGCCAUAGUGAGUGAGCCAGCCAUCCAGGUGCGCAGGAAGGGGAGGGGCACUCAAGUCUGGACUAUUGAAAAGCUGGAGAACAAGCUGGUGGACAUGAGAGACCACUACCGGGACUGGAGGGAAGGCUCAGAGGAAGUGUAUAGCAAGGCAAAUAGUAAACACUGUGACCCAUUUUACGACGCACAAGAGAACCACAACCUAAUAGGAGUGGCUAACAUUUUUCUGGAGUGCCUUUUCCAUGAUGUCAAACUGCAAUAUGCUGUUCCCAUCAUCAGCCAACAGGGAGAGUUAGCAGGAAGGCUGCAUGUGGAGCUGAUGCGGGUCAGCGGUGCCGUGCCCGAGCGCCUUUGCGGUGGAGACGACUCCUCUGAAAAUUCCAGUGAGAGUAGCUACUACGAAGUCUUGGACACCAACGGAGAAAUUGUCCAUGUGGCCAAGAGGCUCAUAAUCAGGAUUCGCAUCAGGGAGGCGACGGGGCUGCCCCUCAACCUGUCCAACUUUGUCUUCUGUCAGUACACAUUUUGGGAACACGGCGAACCCACAGUUGCCCCCCCAAUGGUGAGCCCGGACAGACCUUCCCCUCGGAGCCCAGAUGUACAGUUCACUGUACAGUUUGACCACUGCAAGGACUAUGUUGUACAUGUGACAGAUGACUUUCUGGAGUUCAUAUCAGAUGGAGCGUUGGCAAUAGAGGUAUGGGGUCAUUGCUGUGCUGGGAAUGGCCGUUCCCCGUGGGAGUUAGAUGCGCUGGAAGCCAAGACUCAGACACUAAGAGACAGGUGGAGCGAGGUGUCUCGCAGGAUCGAGCUGUGGGUCUCCAUCCAGGAGCUCAAUGAACAGGGAGAGUACGCCGCUGUGGAGCUGCAGCCUGGAAAAGACAUCAGCACGGGAGGAGUCUUCCAACUGCGGCAGGGCCACUCUAGGAGGCUGCAUGUCACCGUGAAGCCGGUCCAAAAGUCAGGCACUCUGCCUCUGCUGGUGGAGGCGAUGCUGUCUGUCUCUAUCGGCUGUGUGACACUGCGCUCCUCCAAACUGCAGAGACCCCUCGACACCUACCAGAGAGAGGUGCAAGACGAUAUGGAUAGUUAUCAGGAGGAAGAUCUCAGCUGUGUGAGAGAGCGAUGGUCUGAAGCCCUCAUCAAACGACGGGAGUACCUCGAUGAACAAAUCAAGAAGAUCAUAAACAAGCACGAGAAGUCAGAGGAAGACAUUGAACGUGAAGCCCGCCUGGUGGAACAAUGGGUCGGCCUGACCGAGGAGAGAAAUGCCGUGCUCGUACCCGCGCCUGGAAGUGGCAUCCCUGGAGCUCCUGCUGACUGGACCCCGCCUGCCGGAAUGGAAGCUCAUAUUCCAGUCCUCUUCCUUGAUUUGAAUGCUGAUAAUCUGACAGUGAAUGAGCAGCUGACAGGCCCACAUGCUGCAGGCGUUAACUCCAUCCUACCCAAAGAGCAUGGAAGCCAGUUCUUCUAUCUCCCCAUCAUCAAGCACAGCGAGGAGGAGGUGUCAGCGGUGUGCUCGUGGGACUCAUCCAUCCAUGAUUCCGUGCAUCUCAAUCGGGUCACGUCUCCUCACGAGCGCAUCUACCUUAUCCUCAAAACCACAGUACAGCUCAGUCACCCUGCCUCAAUGGAGCUGGUGCUGCGCAAGAGGGUCGCCGUCAACAUCUACAACAAGCAGAGUUUCACACAAAGUCUCAAAAGGAGAAUGUCCCUCAAGAACAUGCUUUACUCCUGUGGUGUGACCUAUGACAUUGUUUCCAACAUACCAAAGGCCUCAGAGGAGCCAGAGGAGAGAGAGACGUUGGCCCUCAUGGCUGCUCGUGCAGACAGCGAGGAGACUCAGGAUGGAGAAACCUACAUUGAGAAAUACACUCGGGGAGUUCUGCAAGUGGAGAAUAUCCUCAGUUUGGAGAGGCUGCGACAGGCUGUGACAGUGAAGGAGGCCCUCACUACUAAGGGAAGACACCUCAGAAGAAGCGUCAGCACACCAAAUGUACAGCAUUCUUCCUGCAGUAAAACAGACCUGACUGGCUGCGAGGACGAAGACCGCAAAGUAUGUGAGGGCCACUGUGAUCAUGCUGACAGCUGCAAUCCUCAGGAUGGCUCUCUCUGCAGCACUCCAGUUAAAAACAAGGAAGGGCCAGGGUCAGUUCCAGAGAAUCCUACAUUCUUCAACUCCAGUCCCUUCAAGCUUUUAUCGCCUCAGCCGUCCAAGUUCCUCAAGUCACUGCUGCCUGUCAAGGAAGAGAACAAAGUGAAGAGAGUCCUGGAGGCCCGCCCACUCCUGGAGCAAGAGAGCAUGCGCUCAUGUGUGGACAACUCUGCACUGCUCCCCCCUCCCUGUCCCUGGCGCAGACCCAGGGCAGGCAGCGAGGGCCACUGCAAGCCUUCCACCCCCACCUGCAGACAGCUCAGCCACACACUGCCACACGGUGCUCAGGAGUCUGAUGAGGAGGAGACUCCAGUGGACGUGACUCUCAAUCUGGACCGGGGCCCUCAAGACCACGGCGGCGGCUUCCAGGCAUACAUCCCAGAGGACUUUGCAAACUUUGACAUCUACAACGCCACUCUGGAGAGCCGCGGCGACUUGAAGGAGCCGAAGGGGCUGUCUCGUAGCCCCACAACCAGUAGCUGCACCAGCGGUUAUUUUUCCCACAGCGCGUCGAACGCCACGCUGUCCGACCUGCCUUUCAGUUCCAGUGAGAGCUCCGACCAUCUCAGCUGCACCUCCAGAGAUUCCCAAGACGCCCUCGGAUGUCAUGCUGGAAGGGGCUACACACAAAUCAAAGGUGUUCCCACUGGAAAUGAAGACCAGCAGUUGCUCACCGCCACUACUUCUUUACCUGACAGUGUUUCUUGUGGCCAGCAGAGAACUCUGCUUCCAAACUGCAUCCUCAGUUGCAGUCAGGAGUUCACGGACUUUAAAGGGGCGGAUGAUAGUAUUGCAGAAAAUGAUUUGGACGAUUUUACGGAAGGAUGGAAGCAAGACGGUGCUGAGCUCGCCACGACACUGAAAACGACUAGUAAGACAGAAACGUGUGACUCUUCAGUUACUAGUCUGAUGAACAAUUCUGACAAUGCCUCGGCCGCUUUACACAAAUAUCCAGUUUCGAGUAACACUGUAAUUUGCACCAUCGCCCCAUCUCCAACCUCACUUAUCACUUCUACGUCACCGUCCGCUGUUACGCCCCUGUCUAAAGCCCCGGCUCUCAGAGGAGGAGACCCUCCUAUCCGCGAGCCAGCGCAGGGAGACGUGCCCCACGGGAGCCCCUGUCCCAGCCCCAACCCAAGCAGCACGGAGCUCUCGGGUGACUCCAGCGGGGAUGAGAGCACCCCUGUCGCACAGCUCCCCGAUUGGAUGGCGCCCGGGGAGCUGGUGUGGGUGGGGAAGAGGCGCGGAAUGGUCCACUACGUCGGAGGGGUGGAGUUUGCCAAGGGUAUCUGGGUUGGGGUCAAACUGGACCUGGCAGUGGGUAAGCAUAAUGGUACAGUCCAGGGGAGAGUGUACUUCCGAUGUCCUCCGGGCCACGGUGUGUUCGUGAAGCCAUCUCGUCUGACCAGAGGCCCGCCCUCCAUGGACACAGACCAAACCACUCUCCUCAGAUAAGACGGUCUGGGCCACUGCUUGACUUUUUGGCCAAAAUUCUGAUUUGGACUUUUUUUGGCUUUGACUUUCUUAUGAAGCGAAUCACUGAAUAUGCACAUGCUCACUAUGCACAUGUUUUUCCAUAUGGGUCUAUUUUUAAGGGGAAAUGCAUAAUUGGGAGUCCAUAUGGAAAUAUUAGCCACUUCAGUUUUCUCAAGAAAGCAUAUUUUUGUAUGGUGUCAUAAUCAUAAUCCCCUGAGGCUCAUAUGAUUAUUCAUCUGGGAUAUGAAGAUUAAGAAUGUACUACUGUCAAUAAGCCUUGAUAUUUUCAUUCAUGUGUUGUCAGGGGCAACCAAAGAGUUUCAUAUCUGCUGUUAGUUUGAGUUGCAAAGGGGUGGAGACUUUCCGCGGGAAAUUCGACUGAGCAAUUUUGCUCAUAUUUUAUGAGAAUGAAUGGCAGUUAACUGGAAAUUUGGGCUACUUCAUCCAAAAUAUAUUCAUGAACACACAAAAAAAGUCUUAAGCAGGCAUGCAGGCAAAUUAAUAAAUAUUUGUUGUUGUUUUUUUUCAUCUAACAGGCUAAAAAAAUGGGCCUAUGCUGUUUUUUUUUUUUUUAAAUUUACAUUCUGGGUUUAUCCAACAUUUAAAUUCUGUAUACCUUCCUAUAACUUCCACUUAUUUCCCCUGGAAAGUCUCCAUCUUUAAAACUAACCUGAAUUUUGCAUACAAAGUUUUAUGUAACGUUUUCUAACAGAUUGUAUGUGGAAGAAAACAGCGUAGACAGUAUAUCUGUGUGCAUUUGUGUAAAGUUUAGUGCCAUGUCUCGAUAUGGAUUAAUUCCACAUAUCCUCAAGAUCAACAAGAAAACCUGCAUUGCCUUCACUUUGAGACUCUUGAAUUAUCCUGUUGAAGUACUGUAACACUGUGGAUCGAACAAUCCCCUUCCAGCAUGAGAAUUGUGCUGUUUGAAUGCUUGCACUGGAAAGGAUCCUCAGAGAUGGUCAGGAGGGUCUUCCAUACCGAACUGACCGAGCGAGUUCUCACACUUUUGACUGAGAGGACGCAAACGCCGUAUGAUGUCAUCUCUGUAUGAAGACUUUAUCGACUCUGUCUAGCACUUGGAUAUGAGGAUUUUAAAGACUACAUCCAGGACUUGGAUACAGUAAUGCCUUAUGUCCCUGAUUCUAUAAAGGUGGACACAUAACAUUUAAAAAAAUGUGUGUACCUGUGAUAAUGUGUAAUGUUUAUUGUGAUGACGCCCAAUGGCUUGCUGAAUGCCACCCAGUCUUAUUUGGCUUGAACAAUGUGCUUUUUUUUUUUUUUUGUACGGCUUGAAUGAUGUGCAUUUUUGAUGUUGUUGUACUUUUGUCGUGUGUCCAUGUGAAAUUUAUAUGCUGACUGACUGAUACAUAAUACCACAAGUUAUCAGCAGGUACUCAAUAAUGCAUUCUGUCCUAUUUAGGAUCGAAUGACAGUGUGAUGAACGGUGUCACAUUACAGAGAGGAUGAGGUUGUUGUGUUCUGAACAUGUGGCAAACUGCAGACAAGAAAGUUGGGAUGCAUCUAUACAUAAUGUAUAUGUUCACGUUGUAAAUGGAAGGUCUUUACCUUCAGCUGCUCUCCCCUGUGGAGAUGUAAAUACAAGUUGUGUUUUUUUUAAAAAUAGUAUUUACACUAUAAUGUACAGAUUUGUAUUUAUGAUGUAUCGCAAAAAAAGUGUUUUAAUGGGUACAAGAAUGUUCUAGAAUAGAACAUUUACAGUCAAACCGUUGUGUUAACGUUUGUGUUGAAUUGACUCUAACAUUAGUUUUUUCUCUGCAUUAAUAUUUCCUGUUUAUAGACAGUCGCUGUUUAAUGAGAAGCAUACCUGUACCUCAAUUUUUUUCAAAUCCAAAACACAGGGAAACAAUUAGUUUAAAAAUGUAUGAACCUGUCAAGAUAAAAAGUAGCACUAA